AUGCUCCUCACCCGAAUAGCAUUAUCGCUGCAUGUGCUUACAUGCGUUGCCCUGGCUGGUGGAUGCACAUCAGAGUGCGAUGACUCUGGCAUGCUGCAGAGACUGCCUGGUACUGCGCUGGUCGAAGGUGCCGGGAUUCGUCCCCGCUUCCGUGGGCGCGGAAGUGGACGCUUGGGGCGCUUGAAAAAGCUGACCCGGCAGCGGGGAGGUUCACGGCGCUUUGUCAGAGGCAGUGGGAAGUUGUUCAUUUCAGCGGAAGCCAAUGGCUUUGUUGAUAUGCGAGAGGAGAACGAGAUUCCAUUUCUUCGAGGGAAGUUUACUACAGCUGCUCUGAUCUAUCUCACAGUGUCCCAUAUUGGGAUGAUGGACUUCUAUCGAGAGGCCACUGCGCGUGUAAAAAAGAACAACCCCGGGCUGCAGAUUGAGUAUUGGCUGCAGUUCGACACUGACCAGCAUGACUCCACUCCAACAUCUAAGUGCGCAACAGUGGGUGCUGCAUCGUGUGCUACAUACAUCAAGGAAUACAUUGAAAAAACCAAUCCGCAGUUGAGCUCCAAGGUUGCUGGCAUCCACUUCGACAACGAGGGUGUUGGAGGCAACUUGAAAGCCAUUGUGGAGGCUUGGGACCAGGUUCGCAGUGAGCUCGGCGUGAAGAUCUCCUUCACCAAAGGGAUCGGAAAUUGUGGAACCCAAACGAUCUUUGGUGUCAGCUUUGACUACUGCUUGGGGCAGAGCUAUACGGAUGACACCGCGAAGAUCUAUGUGCAGACGCCAUGCGGAGGUAUCAACACGAAAGUCUUGUGGGAGAAAUGGGCUGGCAAGGUCACAACAGGCGGCUAUUCGGUUCCGAUGCUUUGCGCCGGGGGCAACUGCCAAGGAGAUUUGCCGGGAUUUUUGGUAAGUCAUGGUGGACCUUGCAACAUCGAUGAGAGACUGAGCACCUCGGGAAUCGCAGAGGUCGUUCAGAGCAUCGACAUCAGUCUCUACCCGAACAUGGCUUUGUGGUACGGUUCGGGAGUUCAGCCUCAAAUCUGCCCGCGCUGCACAGCUGAUGAGAAGGUUGAUCUUUCUGGCGUCGACUGCAACUUGCUGACAGCCGUCAUUGACUGCAACUAUCCAAGCCCAGUUCUUUGCACAAAGGCUCUCAGGAAAUGUGAGGGGCCAGAGUGGCAAAAGGAAGGCUGGAGCACCUAUUGCAAAGCCAAUGGGAAGUGCCAUUUCAGCCAGGUCAAGCCGCCUACGCCUUGCUCUGAGUUCAGAAUGGAGAUUGAGGCUUGCAAGAGUUUGAGCAGCUCCAGCCUGUGGGGCUUUGGUGCGGGUGCAUGCUCCUUCAACAACCCAGAUCUUCAUCCAAUACCGGUUGGGCCCAUGCAAGACUUUGUUGAUGAGCAGGUGUCUACAAAGUAUACAUACCUCGGUGGCAGUAAGAUCACGAACUGCACGCCGGAUGGUUUGCUUUGCACCCACGGAGACGGUAAUCCAAGCGCCAAAAACCUGGGUGCAUGCCAACGGCAGCUUGGAGGGAUGGGUCAACUCUUAGACGAGAAGGCAGAAGAAUUCCAAGACAUUUGCGACGUCGAUGAAGAUUUGAAGAAAACCUGUGGUGGUAGCUGCCUACGUGGCAUGUGCCUUGAUAAGCUGCCGCCGGCGCCUGCAGGAGCUUUGAAGAUGCCAAAGAUUUUGCUGUAUCAUGGUGGUAUUGUUGGCGCGCCAGCUUUCAGCACGCCUUGCUACAAACAGUACCUGGAUGAUGUUCUGCGCUUUGUCAUAGAGAAAAACAUCAACACCAUCCUCCUGAAUGUCAUGGCUCCAAUUCCAAAAAGCACCAGCCAUGAUGCUCAAUUCCCUUACUAUGAGGAUCCCGCCUGGAUCGCAGCCAACUUUCUGGACAGGUUGCCUCCGAGUGUCAAAGCAGGUGCCCUCUUCGGCAAUGUGAAGCUCGAUUCGAGCGGAUGGAAUUUUCAGAACAGCAGCUUCAAUAUCUACAAGGACAAGCUCCUUGGAGGUGCUGGCCUCGGCUUGGCGCCCGGUUGCACUGGGCACGACCUUUCCAAGUGCAGCUGUUCAGACUUGAAGGCCCUCAUCUCUGCCCCCCACUGUCCGGUGGAUCAAUCCGCAUGCCUGACUGCCGGCAACUGCCCGGCCGGCUGUCCCAACUUGGCGGCGCAAGUAGUGACCUGGUUGGCCUCUGUGAACGCCAAGGCCAAAAACGUGAAGUUCUCCACGUUGUCUUUCGAUGGUGAAGAUGGAGGUGAAUCCGCAACUGCUUGGGCUCUCUGCCAAUUUAAACUUCUGGGCGACGAGCUGGGCAUUCCAGAGGUGGGCAUGGCCAAGUCCAUCGCUGCUGGACCCCAAAGCCCAGGUGUGACCUACACCAUGCCGGAGACUUAUUGGUAUAUGGGUGAGCUAUGGCCCUGCACUGGUGACCAAUGGCAGCUCAAAGAAAAGCCGCCGGUUUGCACGACGCAGUCCAGUUACCGCUCGUUCGUAGACAAAGCGUGGCCGUUCCUAAAUUGGCUGAACAUCAGUGACAAGGUCAUGCAAGAGAAGCCCGGCUUUCCCUCCUUGAUCGACAACAUCCGUUGGGUAAAGACCAACGCGCCAGGGAAGGCGGUGAUUCCUAUGUUCAGCUUUGAAGGUCUAUCCCUGAAGUCGUGCUUUGCGACACACUUCAGUGCCGGUGUGAAGAAUGUGUCUGACAUCUGCGGCACAUUUGAUGGUUUUUCCUUUUGGCAAUGGGAGACCUUCAAGGAGUUCAUGAUUUACUUUGCGGAUGCGUUUCAAGUUGAUGAGGUUGGCAUCUAUGACCUGCAGUUUAUCCCGCCCUACUGGUUUGAUAACAAGGCUUUUGGUCCCAAUGACGACUGCAAAGCCUCAGCGCGUUGA